UGGUCGUUCGCUCAGUGUAUAUUCUGGUCGUUAUGGCGGAGGGACGUGGAGAGCUACCGCCUCAGCCGCCGCUUCAUCUCUCUUUACCCCCGGCAAGCAAGCGACCGUGCUUGCGCCCGGCUCCUCGGGGUCCUGGUCCGGGGCCUGGACAUGGUUUUUCUAACUCCCGCUAUCGUAGCCCGGAAUCUCUGUUGGACUGCGCUGCAAAAGCCGUAGCGGAGAAAUGGGCCUUCGAGAGGGUGGAGGAGCGCUUCGAACGGAUCCCAGAGCCUGUACAGCGCCGCAUAGUAUACUGGUCCUUUCCGAGGAACGAAAGGGAAAUAUGUAUGUAUUCAUCGUUUCAGUGCCGUGUUGCCGGCGAGGAGGGUCCGGCGGCGGGCGCAGGAGCCCCCGCUGGAUCUGGGUCUACCCCCGGAGGAGUUCCCAGCAGUACGACGGCUACCACAGGGACAGGGGGCACAGGAGAUGGACUGCCUUUCCGUAGGGGCAUCCGGCUUUUGGAGACCGGUUGUGUAGAGAAUGUAUUACAAGUCGGGUUUCACCUGAGCGGCACGGUGACUGAGCCGGCCUCGCCCUCGGACCCCGAGGUCACCCACCGCGUGGCCAUCAGCUUCGACCGCUGCAAGAUCACCUCGGUCACCUGCGGCUGCGGCAACCGCGACAUCUUCUACUGCGCCCACGUGGUGGCGCUGUCCCUCUACCGCAUCCGCAAGCCCGAGCAGGUCAAGCUGAGGCUGCCCAUCUCCGAGACCCUGUUCCAGAUGAACCGCGACCAGCUCCAGAAGCUGGUCCAGUACCUGAUCACCGCCCACCACACGGAGGUGCUGCCCACCGCCCAGAAGCUGGCGGACGAGAUCCUCUCGUCCAAUUCCCAGAUCAACCAGGUUCACGGUGCCCCGGACCCCACGGCGGGCGCCAGCAUCGACGAUGACAACUGUUGGCACCUGGACGAGGACCAGGUCAGGGAGCAGGUCAAGCAGUUCCUGUCCCAGGGCGGAUACUACGGCUCGGGGAAGCAGCUCAACUCCAUGUUCGCUAAGGUGAGGGAGAUGUUGAGGAUGCGGGACUCCAACGGGGCCAGGAUGCUGACGCUCAUCACGGAGCAGUUCAUGGCCGACCCGCGCCUGUCGCUAUGGAGACAGCAGGGCACGGGCAUGACAGACAAGUGUCGGCAGCUCUGGGACGAACUGGGUGCGCUGUGGGUGUGUGUGGUGCUGAACCCUCACUGUAAGAGCGAGGAGAAGAGUGGCUGGCUGAGGCAGCUGAAGAGGUGGGGCGACAUGGACAUCUGCCCCCUAGAGGACGGCAACUAUGGCAGUGAGUUGCCCAACAUUACCAACGCCCUACCACAGAGCAACCUGGCACAGGACUCGCUAGCGAGGCCCAGGAGGACGGUGUUCACGCGGGCCAUGGAGGCGUGUGACCUGCACUGGCAGGACAGCCACCUGCAGAGGAUCAUCAGCAGUGACUUCUACAUGUCCCCGGCCUACCAGAGGGAGGGGGAGAGCCUGCUCUUCAACCCCCAGGGACUGCCCCUCUGGCUGGAUCAUGUCCCCACCGCAUGCGCUCGGGUCGAUGCCCUACGUUCCCAUGGUUACCCCCGCGAGGCGCUGCGCCUGGCGGUGGCCAUCAUCAACACGCUCCGCCUCCAGCAGCAGCGACAGAUGGACAUCUACAAGCACCAGAAGAAAGAGCUGCUCCAGAGAGGUCUCACCUCCACCACCAACCUGGAGGGCUGGGUGGGCCACCCCCUGGACCCCAUCGGCUGCCUGUUCGUCACCCUGACGGAGACCUGCCGUCUGGACGACGACAGCGCCAUGGACACUGGAGACUCAGGAGAGCCCAAGCCCCCUGUCUACCACCACGUGCCCGUGUGGGGCUGCCCUGACGGCGGGGAGUCCUACCUGGCGCUGGCCCUGGAGGUGGCGCUCAUGGGCAUGGGCCAGCAGAGGCUGAUGCCCGAGGGCCUGUAUGCCCAGGACAAGGUGUGUCGCAACGAGGAGCAGAUCGUAGCCAAGCUGCAGGAGAUGGAGCUGGACGAGCUUCUGGUCCAGACCCUCCGCAAGCAGGCCAUCCUCCUCCUGGAAGGCGGUCCGUUCAGUGGCUUGGGCGAGGUCAUCCACAGGGAGAGUGUGCCCAUGCACACUUUUGCCAAGUACCUGUUCUCUGCCCUGCUGCCCCACGACGCCGACCUGGCUUACAAGCUGGCCCUGAGAGCCAUGAGGCUGCCAGUGCUGGAGUCGUCGGCCCCCUCAGGGGACAUGGGGCACCCCCACCAUGGCAUCUCCAUCGUGCCCAGCCGCUACCCUCGCUGGUUCACCCUGGGGCACCUGGAGUCCCAGCAGUGUGAGCUGGCCUCUACCAUGCUCACCGCAGCCAAAGGUGACAUGUUGAGGUUGAGGACCGUCCUGGAAGCCAUCCAGAAGAACAUCCACUCCUCCUCGCUCAUCUUCAAACUGGCCCAGGACGCUUUCAAGAUCGCCACCCCUGCAGACAACCCCCCAGACAUCACACUGCUCAAUGUAGCCCUGGAGCUGGGCCUGCAGGUGAUGAGGAUGACCCUGUCCACCCUGAACUGGAGACGAAGGGAGAUGGUGCGCUGGCUGGUCACCUGUGCCACUGAGGUGGGCCUGCGGGCGCUGGUCAGCAUCCUGCAGGGCUGGUACACCCUCUUCACCCCCACCGAGGCCACCAGCAUCGUGGCGGCCACCGUCAUGUCCCACACCACCAUCCUGCGCCUCAGCCUGGACUACCCCCAGAGGGAGGAGCUGGCCAGCUGCGCCCGCACCCUGGCCCUCCAGUGCGCCAUGAAGGACCCCCAGAACUGCGCCCUCUCCGCCCUCACCCUCUGCGAGAAGGACCACAUCGCCUUCGAGACGGCCUACCAGAUCGUCAUCGACGCCGCCUCCACCGGCAUGACGUACUCGCAGCUGUUCACCAUCGCCCGCUACAUGGAGCACCGCGGCUACCCGCUACGGGCCUUCAAGCUGGCGUCGCUCGCCAUGACGCACCUCAACCUGGCCUACAACCAGGACACGCACCCGGCCAUCAACGACGUCCUGUGGGCGUGCGCGCUCAGCCACUCGCUCGGCAAGAACGAGCUGGCCGCCAUCAUCCCCCUGGUGGUGAAGAGCGUGCACUGUGCCACCGUGCUCUCCGACAUCCUGAGGCGAUGCACCAUGACGGCGCCGGGCCUGGCAGGCAUCCCCGGGCGACGGAACUCGGGCAAGCUGAUGUCGACGGACAAGGCGCCUCUUCGCCAGCUGCUGGACGCCACCAUCAGCGCCUACAUCAACACCACGCACUCCCGGCUUACGCACAUCAGCCCGCGGCACUACGGCGAGUUCAUCGAGUUUCUCAGCAAAGCCAGGGAGACUUUCCUGUUGGCGCAAGACGGGCACAUCCAGUUUGCCCAGUUCAUAGACAACCUCAAACAGAUCUACAAGGGCAAGAAGAAACUGAUGAUGUUGGUACGGGAGCGAUUUGGCUGAGCCGGACUAAAACCUCACAGCCUUGACAUGUAGGCGGACUAGUAAGGAAAUACUUUCACCUGACUUUAAUACUCAGUUUUAUUAUUUAAGUUUUUUGUUCUUUUGUCUUUUUUUGGGGCAAAGUCUUACUGUUUGUCUGUUUGUUAUGUUGCUUUGUUUCUUCUUGUGAGCAAAAAAAAAAUGUUCACCACUACUUGUAUUUAGUCUUAGAAAGAAGACAAGAGAUGAUAAAAACAUGGAGGUGGAACAUAUGGAUGAAACCAAAUGCAGAGUGUCAGCUUUACGUGAGACUAACGAGGUCUCUGGUUUGGGACAGACUAGUGUGGACCAGGCAGAGGUCGAGCUAGCAUGUCCCCGUCCCCCCCCUGACCUCCUCAACCACCCUCCCACUGGCACAUAGACUCCCACACCUCAGUCCCCCCAGCGCUGCCACCUGUCCUCCACCUCCCCUGGGUGUAUGGAAAACUAAAUGACCACUUUGUGGCUUCUGAACAGUGUUUGUAAUAUAUACCAGAGCAAUAGAUUGGCCAUUUUUGCUAAUCUGGGAGUGGUAAUCCACCAUGUGGGUCUGGCAUUGUGAUGUCUGCUGUUGUCUGGGCUUUUAGGUUUUCAGCAUAAAGUUGAAAAAUCAUAGCUGAAAAAAACGUAGUCUUUUUGAAAUUCAGAUGUGUAUUAAUCUAUACCUGUAGACAAUAUGGCUGACGGCGCUGGGUCACCACACCUGAGUUUACCUGACUCCACCCACCGUCUGCCCCUGUGGCAGUGUCACUGCAGUUACAGCUUGACCUGGAGCAUUAGUACUAUUAUUAUACAAGCACUUCAACAAAAUGGACCUCCUCUAUACAUUGUGUCUUGCUUGAGCAAUUAUUUAUCAAAAGUUAAGAACUGUGUGUGAACAAGUUAGGAAAAUGUACACACACAUGUUAGUAUAUUUAAGAUACAGGCAAUAUAGAUGGAGAGUCUGGGGGUGAACUCGUCUUGGCAAUGAAAACCGUUCCAUGUUUGCUUCCACAUUCCACGAGAGCUUGUGAGCUUCACUCCACCAAGAUAGUCUCGAUAGCGGCCUGAAUUAUCAGACCCUCCAUUAGGAACAAGACCACAAUUAAGAAUGAAAAGACAAAUACGACUGAAAGAAAGAACGCGAAGAGAAAAGAGAUGCUAAACUCAGUUCUCAGGGAAAUCACAUAAGAAACAAAACAAAAAGUAGUAGCAUUAAGCAUUUAAGAUAUUGUAAAUAUGAAAGUGUCAAUUCAGAAAAUUGUAAAGUUAUAAUUAUUUAUCAUAACUGUAUGUUUUUUCGUUCUGUUUUUUGGGAUACUUGAAUAUGUUGUGGUGGGCUGGGAAUGUGAGAACGCAAAGAGGAAGACAUUUCUCAGGUGCUCCUGUGUACAUCUCUUUGAUUUUCUUUCUAUAAUUAUUAUAAUUAUCAUUAUUUGUAUGUUUUACUGCUUAGGAUUUUUGCAAAGUGUUUUCUAAGAGGAAGCAUGUUGUUUGGAGAUUAGAUUAAAAAAAAAAAGGCUUAAAGUUGUGAAUGGGAAUGAAACCAGUCUAUGCAGAUCCACUUGAAGCUUUGGUCCACUUUCCCCCCCCUGCCCCCUCUCCCCCCCCCUGCCCCCUCUCCCCGCCCCGCCCCGCCCCACCCCAAGGAGACAUGUAGGAACACUCUAGUUCUGUCACUAGAGUAAGGGGACUGUUAAGAGGGCCGCAGCAUGUUGGUGAACGAUGUAUGUUGCCAGUCUACAUAUGCUGCAUUUUGGGGUGACAGACCUUUGCCUUUUUGUGAUCGAUAAAAAAUGAAAAAGAACAACAACAACAACAACAACAAAAAGACAACAAAAACACAUUUUCUUUCGGACUCAAGCCUUUAGUGUCUUCUCACAAAACUAGUGUCAGGAUAGGGCCUGGCGCUUUAACACGUGUAUAAGUGAGAUCCUCAGUCUAAAUACGAACGACAAACAAGAAAACAAAUACAGUAGGCCACGGUGGUCAAUAGGGGAGCUAGCAGAGAGCGAUUAACGAGGACCAGUGUGUGUUCCCUGUGUCCUCUCGUUUUGUUUAUCGCUUAAAUCCGUUGUGUUGACAUGAAAAGCUUUGUUCCGAGUGAGCUGACUGCUACAGUGUGGUUUCUGCUGUUGAGUUAGACUGUUCCUCCCCACCGCUGGUCUUUCCCCUCCUUACUCCCUCCUUCCCCGUUCAUACUUUGGCCAUAUGACUCUGCCGAGUCAUGUAACAGUCGGCCAACUAGUCUGCCGGCCAGCCUGUCAGUCUAACGGUUCUGUGAUGGCAGCAACAACCUAUGUUGACAAACCACCCAGUCCUGUCUCACCAUCCCAUGCUCCUGCUUUAGUUACAAUGGAAGGACAGAACCCACCACCUGUCUGUCUAGAGGCAUGUCUGCUGUUGAUCGUGACAGGCUGAUGGGGCUGUCCUGGCCUCAGUGCUUUUUACAGGCUACAUUCAAAACAGACAUUAGGUCUCGCUGUUCGUCAGUGCAGCAGCAUCACCCAACAAAUCGAAAUGAACCGCAUUGCUCUGGAAUUUUCUUUCUCUCCCUCCCGUACUCUAAAUGUCUGUGUUAACUGUACCAGUGUUUUGACCUGUCCCUAGACGUUAGACGAAUAAUCGCUGGUAGAGAUCGUUCACUAGUUCAUCUACUGUUUGGAUUUGCUUUUUGUUUUUUUAUUUUCUUAAUUUAAGGGAAAAGUGUUUGUUGCCUCUUUGUGCUACUGACUUAUAAAAGGUAUCCAGUAUUUGUUGCCACAGAAGUAUAGUUCAUCAUCAACACUUUUUUGUUUUGUUUGUGCGACCUCUUGAGCUAAUGUCUAUAAAAGGAAGAUUUAUGACUAUUUAUGUAACGAUACUACCAUUUUAUAUGAUUUGUGUUGGAAUCUCAGUGCUUUUCUAUGAAUAAAGUGUGAAACACGCCUCUGA